UGAUUUUGCCAGGGUGAUCCAGCAAACUUGGAAUGACGGACAGGGGAUAGACCUAUCCUAGGACUGCUUCUUUGCAGACGUCUGGACUCUGGCAUCCUUCAUUGCAAGUUGCAACCCUUCUCCAACGCAGAGACAUGUCCCGAGAGAACGCAUUUCAUCUGCAGCAGAGGUUUUGCCGGUCCCUGCAAUCUUGAGGGCACCAUUUUAAACAGUAUAGGGCCCUGAUAAAUUCUACAGCGAUGCAAAAUGGCAUCCGAUUCAUGCGUGGCCAAGAAGUAGUGCCCACGGAGUAGUGAGCCUUUUCCUGGUCUUUGGGUUUCCUGUGUAGACUAAGUUCUCAGGUCAGGGUAUCUUUUGUAGUUCGGUCCCCUUAGCCAGGGUAAUCUAGGGUAAAACCAAUUUGUUUUCUCGGAAGGCUAAUGCGUUCAACUUCAAGCGUUGUGGCCGCUAGGAGCAGAUUUGUAAGCUUCCAAAGCCACAAUGAAUGCCUUUGCCCUGUCUUAGAGUCGGCAGAGUUGACCCCAAUCUGGUCUUUGGUCUCAAUUGGGUAAAAGCAUGGUCCUUGAAUAAAUAAGAGGGCAGACACGCUCAGUCACAUCAUCUUGUGAACCAAGCAAGUUCCCUAGAGUCGCCACCAAGCAGUUGCCGUGAAACGUGAAACCUCCUGCAAUCAAGACAGGCCGGCAGCCGUGCCACUAGAGCUGCCUGAGAGUUCUCGAAAGGAGCGCGCUCUGCAUGUUGGCAGCCAAUCUCGACGGGGGGGUAGGCUGCCGAUGAGCCAAUGGUUACCAGGGCUGUCUCGCACCCCCCCGACGGACGGGCCUCCACCGCUCCAGCGGCCAGCACGUCGGCGCAGCGUCCCUGGGAGCAGGAUGCCAGCAAUGAGCGCAGGCGGCCACGCACCGUGCGCCGCUCAACGCUGUUCUUCUGCACGCUGGUGCUGGCCUCCCUGUCCUACAGCCUGCUGACGCUCUACUCAGAGUCGCCGUCGAGCUGUCCCGAACGGGAGCUGCGGAAGUCGGGGACGGCCCUGGCGGCCAGGUCCAAAUGGGAGGGGCUGUCGAUCGAGCGGCUGCGCCAGAUCGGGCUGCUGGAGAAGAGGGAGGUGUUUCGGUGCACAAGGGAGACGCUGUCGGAGUACUGCUUGCUGAGAGGGGAUGUCAGGGUGGACCUGCCGGGGGGGACGAUACGUCUGUAUGCAGAAGAUGAGGACACGACGACGGGGGAGGAGCUGAUCCAGCCGUAUCCGAGGCGGUGGGACACGCCCGUCAUGGUGCACAUUAGCAACGUCAGUGUGUCCAGUGUAUUGGGGAGGGAAGAGGCGCCGCGCUGCAAAAGGGUGCAUCCAGUGCCGGCGGUUGUGGUGUCUGCUGGAGGUUACUCGGGCAACAUCUUCCACGACUUCAACGAGGUCCUGCUGCCGCUCUUCCAGGCCGUCCACGUGUACAACGGCGAGGUGGUGAUCAUCAUCGUGGACCUGAAGGGCUCGUGGUGGUUCCGCAGCGAGGACAAGAUCGGGGACAGCAUCCUGGGCGCCAUGACCAACUACCCGGUCCGGCUGCUCGGACGGUCCGAAGAUUUGGACGGGGCGGCGCAGGGCGUCGAGUGCUUCUCCCAGGUGCUCGUCGGGACGCCGCACAACCUGUGCCUGUACGACGAGGAGGGGGGCGCGCAGGCGCGCAGCGAGCAGAAGGCCGGGGUGCGGUUGCGCGACUUCGGCAACUUUCUGCAGCGGCGGUUCGGGUUCCCGGACCAGGACUUCACGGUCGGCGUGAAGUUCACGGCGGAGAAGCGGCCCGUGCUGGGCUUCGUGCAGCGGCUGAGCACGCGCAAGCUGACCAACCUCGCCGAGUGCAUCGCGCUUGCGGAGGGCGUUGGGUUCCGCGUAAUUGUGAUCCACUUCGAGGAGCUGCCGCCCAAAGAAGUGGUGCGCGUGAUGCGGCAGCUGGACGUGUUCGUGGGGGUGCACGGGGCCGCGUUCACGAACCUCGUCUUCAUGCGGGAGAGGGGGGUCGUGGCGCAGCUGAUGCCGUGGGGGGAGUACCACGACUACCUGCGGGUGGGGCGCGAGUACAAGAACAUUGCAUUCUCGCUCAAGUGCACGUACAUGGAGUACAAGGUGCCCGUGAACGAUAGCUCGCUCUACGAAAAGUACCCGCCGGACGACCCGGUGCUCGUGGACCCGUACGGGGUGUGGCAGGAGAAGGGCGUGGUCGACGCGAUGCGGCUGUACCAUUCGCAGGACAUUGUCAUACCGGGAGAGUCGUUCAAACUCAUGGUCGAGCAUAUGUACGAGGUCGUGCUGCUGCAAGAGGGCCAGCUAGAGAUCCCCUUAGAGGUGCAGAGUUGAGGGGGAAUUUUGUUUCGCUAUGGAGGUGACUGCCGAGAUCAGUUAGGGAGUCUGCAUCAUGUGCUCGAUACUAACCACGCAUGCGGGGGUGUCUCGGAUGUAGAUUUAGAUUUGCAGUCAGCGUGCCAGGUCGAGUCUGUCAGAGCGCAUCUUGUGGUCAUGGCAGACCUGGAUAAUGUUGCGGUGCGCAAGACAGGGCCUCACACAUUGUAUGCUAGAUGCCCGCCGCCAAGGUAGAGUCUCCUUGGUCGACACGGAACUUCGAUGGGUAAUAGGCAAGGUUUACCUGAUUAUUACGUUGCGCUUGUCCUUCUUCG